AUGAAGUUCAUCCCGCUGGACAGCUUCAGCGCGCUCAACUCCCUCUUGCAAGGGGUGGAGGCGCAGGGUUGCUGCAUCACCAUGCGUCUAGAGGCCUACACGUGUCGGCACACAAAAGAGGAGCGGCAGAUAGCGAACAACAUAGCUUGCUAUCAAAACAACGUGCAACUCACGCCACCUAUUAGUCCCUUGCCCACUAUUGGCGCGUACGCUGGCUUCACUUCGGAGGCGCUGCCACCGCUUGUGCUGGGCGGAAGUGCCGAGAACCUGACCGCGAGUUACAGCCUCGUGAGCCCCGACGAGAUUGAUGACCGACUGGUGUACUUUGUAGCAGCUCUCAACACGGUAUACGAGAGCGACGGCUACGACUUUUCGGUUCUGCGGGAGAACGACUUUGUGCGUUACACAGAGCCGCAGUUCCGCACGGAGGUGUCGAGCACGCUGCAGUCAUUGCCGGAACAGUGCCAGCCGGCAGUGCAGCGCUUCUGGCCCACGAUCGAGGAGGUAGUGGAGAACGCAGAGAGUGGUUGUGAGUACUACGAGUUUCGAUGCCCCUCCUGCGACCCACUCGCCGACACCACCGUCUACGCCCGCCACUACUUUGUGUACAACCGCCGAAAAAAGGUGCUUGUGUUGCUGGUGGAGUACGGCGAGAGCAACCCCUACCGCGGGGACGACGGGCUGCCCCACGCUGGUGACCCAACGUCAGGGUGGGACGCUGAGAGUCCCACGUACGCUAGCACCCCCGACCCAGGCGACGAAGGGGAGGCAUACGAUGGUGGCAAGAACAGGCAGUUUUACGGGUACUACUAG